CACCUCUUCCUCCCUCAAAUCUGACGCCGACGCCGUCGAUUCUCUGCGAGGCCGAGGAGAUCUGAGAUUUAAUCAAGGUAUAUACACGAUGCUUCCCGGACCGGAUAAUGAUGAAGUCCUUUAUGAUCAGUCACGCCACCGUUCGGAGAGCAUAUCAUUGACAUCGAGAGGACAAGAGCUGGUUAUGAUUGAUCAUAGCCUUGGACAUACGCGCUGGCCACUUGAUGAUCCUCGCAUCAUUGCCCUAGUAUCCCAAGCCGGUUUUCUUACUUGCUCAAAAUUGAAAUGGAUGAAGCUCGAUUGGGCACUGCUUAACGCGUUGAUGGAUAGAUGGAGGCCGGAGACUAAUACUUUCCAUCUACGUGUCGGCGAGACAACUAUUACUCUCCAGGAUGUAGCAGUGAUCCUAGGUCUACGCAUUGAUGGCCCUUGUAUCACGGGGACUGAUAGACAUGUUUGGCGAAGAGUAUGUGAUAAUUUGUUAGGAAUAUCUCCGGAGUCAUUGCCUGGAGGGUAUAUUAGAUUGAAGUGGCUUAAGGAGAGUUUUGGAAACCCGUUGCCACAAGAUGCAUCUGAAGUGAUGAUCCAACAGCAUGCGAGAGCAUAUAUUAUGCACAUGAUCGGGACACUUCUUUUUCCCGAUUCAAGUAAACAUAAAGUCCAUUUGAGGUGGUUACCACUUAUCGAAGACUUCGACAUGUGCGGGACAUUAUCCUGGGGUAGUGCUGUUUUAGCAUACCUAUAUCGAGAAAUGUCAAAGGUUGCUUUAAUGCAAAAUAAGGAGCUCAAGGGUUGUUUAACAUUGCUACAAGUUUGGGCAUGGGAAAGAUUGGUUUUGAAACCACGAUUAUGCGAGAUCCGAGAGUUAGAUGGACAUAUUCCACUAGGCUGCAGAUGGAAUGUCACAAAAGCUUAUGAUGAGACCCCGGCUAGGCAAUUAGACUUUUACAGAGGGGAGCUCGACCGGAUGAAAAUUUUUCAGUUCGAGUGGCAGCCAUACACCCCUCACCUACCUCGUCUACCGCUGAUUUGUAUGGAGGGCCACGGCAUAUGGAGGGCCAGAGUUCCUCUCGUUUGUUUCGAGAUUGUGGAGAUGCACGUACCCGAUCGUGUGUUUAGACAUCAUACAUAG